AAAUUGUCAUUGAUCAAACUCAUUACUCAAUUGACAAGUCAAGUUAAUAGUUAUAUCCACAACCACAAUAUUGAAUAUCUACUUUUGGCAAUUUGUGUUCAAUUAAUGGUGGUAGGUCAUUUUCUAAAUAAAUAUAGUGAUCCAUAGAUAUUUCUCAGUUUUUACAACUUUUGAAAUGAAAUCAUUUUUUUAAAUACCAGUGACCUUAAAAAUACCAACAGAAUUGUGUAUGUGUAAUUAAUGGCCUGAUUAGUACACCUAUUUUAUAAAAAUCGGAAGCAAAAUAUAGUUCGAGUUAGAAUAGGUUGUACUUCUGAGGCCCAGAAUAAGAUACAUAUAACUAAUACUUUAUCGUUGAUAUUAUAAUUUUUUUAUAUAAAAUUUGCAGUGUUCAUGGCGAAUAUGAUUUUUAAGUGUAUAAUAGAAAUGAUUACAGAGCUCCCCCUAGUAAUCAUGAAAUCUCAUUUUUGUCGUAAAUUUGUGAUUAAAUCAUCAUGUUCAAAAUUUUAAAUGUGAUGUGAAAUUAAAAAUGUUAACUGUUUUUGCACAAAUGGAGACAAACUUUCCAAUGAUUUACAUAACAUCUAUUAAUUUUUAUCUAUGAAGUACCUAAAUCUCUCAUGCUUACUGUGUACUAUCGGAAUGAUUACAAAAAGGGAGACCAAGGAUAAGUAAAAAAUAUACCCUAAUUUUGUGUAGAUACUGUCAACAUGAGUAUUUUAUGCAAAUGUGUGUUUUAAUUGUAAUUUAUUACUUACAAAUAAUAAAUUUUUUCAUUCCAAUUUAGAUAACAAUGGAUGGAAAAGUAAAAUGAGUUGGAAUAUGAAUGAGCAAGCAACCCUACGGCACGAACUUGCAUAAUGACAACAUGAAAAUUUGAACAGUAAUGUUGGCAAUACAGAUGUCGAGAAUGGGUGGAAAUGUAAUCAGUGCUAUAAUAAUUGGCUGGAAAAAUUGUGUUAUAACAAAAUCAAACAAGUGGAAUACAAUAUGUCAGACAGUUACCGCAAAUAUUCAAAACAUGGAAGUAAAAGUUCAGAAAGAAACUCCAGAAGAAGGAAAGAUUCAAGGUCCUGCAUGAGUGAUUCAAAAACACCACCAUUCUCUUCAAAAUGUGCCUCUAACAUUGAUGAUUUAAUCAAACAAAGAGAAACUUUAAAAAAUGAACUUAAAAAUAUAACAAAACAUUCUAAACAUAGCAGAAAUGAUCAACCUUCAAAACGUCGAAGCUCUAUCAUUAUCAAUAAUGAUAAAAGUAAAAAAAGUAAAAGGAGUAAAAGUGAAAAAAAUGUAAAAGAAGCAAAUAUUAUUCUUGAUAAAGAAGCAUCACCCAAUCGUGAAUAUUCUCAAUUGGAUUCUGAAGAUGAAGAACAUAUUAUAGAGCUGAGAAGAAAGCAACGAAAACAGCUUUUAGAGCAACUUGCAAAUAAUGGAGAAUUACAUGAUGUUAAAAAUAAAUCAGAUACAGAAGAAAUUUCUAAUACAACUUUAAAAAAUUAUGAGAAGUCCAGUAUUUUAAAUAAAACAAAAUUAGAAGUAGAGAAUAAAACUACAGAUAUGUUUGCAGAAGAAGAUUUUUCAUCAAAACACAGCUCUGACAAAGUGACACAAGAUAACAGUAAAUCCAAUUCCCAAUUGACAGAUAACUGGGAUGAUGCAGAAGGAUAUUACAAUAUAAAAAUCGGGGAUAUUAUUAACAAUAACAGAUAUACAAUCAAGUGUUUAGUGGGACAGGGUGUAUUUGCUAAUGUUGUUAAAGCUCAAGAUAACAAAACAAAUGAUGAAGUUGCAAUUAAAAUAAUGAGGAAUAAUGAGCUAAUGUAUAAAACUGGGCUUAAAGAAAUAACUACACUAAAAGAAUUGUGCAAUGCAGACCCUAAUAAUAAAUACCAUUGUGUACGGUUGGAAGGUCAUUUCAUCCAUAAAAAUCACCUGUGCUUGGUAUUAGAAUGUCUUCACAUGGAUUUAAGAAGUGUUUUGAAGAAAUAUGGUAAGCACCAUGGCCUCAAUAUUAAGGCACUCACAAGUUACACUAUUCAGUUACUGUUAGCCUUGAGACUCCUUAAGAAAAUAGGUUAUGUUCAUGCUGAUAUCAAACCAGAUAAUAUUAUAGUAAAUGAAAAGAAAAAUAUACUUAAACUGUGUGAUUUUGGAUCUGCUUCCAAAGUAAAUGAUAAUGAGCCAACACCAUAUUUGGUAUCAAGAUUUUAUAGAGCACCAGAAAUAAUAUUGGGUAUACCAUACGGACAUGGUGUAGACAUGUGGUCAACAGCUUGCACAAUGUAUGAAAUGGCUACUGGAAAAAUUCUUUUUACUGGCAACUCUAACAAUAAAAUGCUAAAAUGUUUCAUGGACCUUAAAGGAAAAAUGCCAGCAAGAUUACUGCGAAAAGGUAAAUUUAAGGAUCAACAUUUUAAUUACAAUAACAAUUUUUUAUUACAUAAAAAGGAUGAAUUUUCUGGAAGGGAAAAAUUUGAAGAGGUUUCUUAUGUUACGGUUCAGAGAGACCUGUUUAAAGAACUAAAGAGAAGUAGAAAAGACAUGACAGCUAAUGAGGAGAAAAAAAUUGGACAACUUAAAGACUUAUUAGACAAAAUGCUCAUGUUAGAUCCUGGUCAAAGAAUAUCUGUUAAUGAUAGUUUGAAACAUCUAUUUAUUCAGGAAGAAAUAGAAAAAUAAAUUGCUCAAUUAUUUAAAAAAAUAUAUAUUUGUAAU